AUAUAUGCUAUUCUAAAGUGUAAUAUAUGCGUAUUUUGCGCGAUGCCUGCAAGCGACUCGGAUGAACAGCAACAAUAUUCUCUCCUUGUUCUUCUUUCCCUUACCCACCUGGCUCCGCUCCCUUCACCUUCGACGCCCGUCCUUCUUUCUCCCCUCGUCUUUCCUUUGUCCCCCUCACAUUUCUCUCGUCCACUCCUUUCCCUAAUUCCCGGUCUUUUCCAUCUCCCCUCCAUCCACGUUACCACCCCCUCGUCCCCUCCUCCAUCCCCACAUCAGUGACUUCAUACAUCUCACUUUCCCUGUGCGCUGCUGUGAUUGCCCCCACUGUCUCUGCUUGGACGUGAGGUUGAUGUAGAGCAGGGGGAAUGAGCAACGAGAAAUGAGCGAUGAAGAAUCUUCCUUCACUCGAUACGAUGUAGAGAGCGAGCGCACACCUGCAGAUCUACC